AUGCGCCCGGUGGUUGUGAUUUUGCUUCACGAGCCAAGUGAUACCCCUGCCUACAUGGAGGUGUACCUAACCAAGCGUGGAAUUGACUACGUCACCUACGAGUUUUGGAAGGACGAAAUGGCAAACCUGGUUCCAGCCUCCGUCAAGAACUGCAUCCGUUGUGUCAAGAGGGACGGCGAGGCGUGCCGCUUCACUCCUGUCUCCGAGACGUCCGUGGAGGGGGAAUAUUGUUGCAUUCGCGGUGUUGCCAGUUUUGGCGGCUCGAUGAGUGUCAACGACGAACUUCCACACUACGCACCAAUUCUCAGCUUAAUGCGCUCAUGCAUUGAGACGCGUACCCCUGUUAUUGGUCACUGCCUGGGAGGCCAACUCCUGUCGGUAUCCCUGGGCGGGCGCGUUGGCCCCUCCGAGCACGUUGAGGUGGGGUGGAUUGACCAGGAGGUCGUAAACACCGGCGCCUGCGGCAUAAAGGAUUGGUUCGGUGGACGAAAAGUGAUCAACGUGUUUGAAAUCCACACUGAGAGCUUCUCCAUCCCGAGAGGGGCGAGGCGGAUUGUGAGGGGCAAAUAUUGCGCCAACCAGGCAUACCAGGUUGGGGACCAAUAUGCCCUGGGGCUGCAGUUUCACCCAGAGGUGGAUGAGGAGAAGGUGAGGAGUUUGACUGCACCGAGUUUUCCGUCGCUCUACACGAGAGAGGAAAUCAUGGCCAUGGAUGAAGAGGAGUCCACACGAUUGUCUCCCGCAGCCAUGAGUCGUGAUGACAUUGAAGUGUGUCUACGUGAUGGGCGCAUCGAGCGGAACCUGCCCAUUGCAGACAGUAUUUAUGACACGUGGUGCUCGGGGUUCAUUCUGUAA